AUGGGGAUGCAUACGACGUCUGGUCUUUUGGUCGCCUUGGCAUCAGUCGCUUCCGUGGCCGCACAUGGUCAUGUCACCAACGUCGUCGUCAACGGUGUCUCUUACAGAAACUACAUCCCAGUUCAAGACCCUUACAACAGCAACCCACCCCUUGUUGCUGGAUGGUCUACCAACCAACGCGAUAACGGCUUUGUUGAACCAAACAACUACAAUCAGCCAGAUAUUAUUUGUCACAGAGAAGGGGCAUCUGGCAAAGGGCGGAUAACAGUUACCGCUGGCGACACGAUCCAACUGCAGUGGACUGAAUGGCCCGAUAGCCACAAAGGGCCGGUCAUGGACUUCCUUGCGAACUGCAACGGCCCAUGUAACGGUAUUGACAAGACUGCUCUUCGAUUUUUUAAGAUCGAUGGUGCCGGCCUUAUAGAUGCUCCCCAGCAGACCAAUAAAUGGGCCGCUACCGCUCUCAUCGACAACGGCAACGCCUGGCUUGUGCGCAUUCCGGAAAACAUCGCUCCAGGUCACUACGUCCUCCGCCACGAUAUCAUCGCCCUUCACAGCGCUGGUCAGUCCAACGGAGCGCAGAGCUACCCUCAGUGCAUCAAUCUUGAAAUCACGGGAGACGGCACGUAUUAUCCACCUGGAGUUCCCGGCACUGCGCUGUAUGGAAAGGACGAUCCUGGUAUCUUCUACAACAUCUACCGCGACAAAGUCAAUGACUACGUCAUUCCAGGGCCAUCAAUCAUCUCGGGCGGUGUUUCCAUGCUCCCACAGAGCAAGAUCACAAUCACUGCGUCGGGAAGUGCCACUCCUUACGGCACAAGCCUUGCCUCAUCGAUAAAGGCCUCUAACAGUGUUAUCACAUCCAGCUCUCGUGGCGCUAUCACUUCAGCUUCUGUCCAGCCCCCGAAGAGCGUUGCAACUUCUGUGGGAGCAACCAAUGACUACACUCCAUCAACUAAUACCGUCGUCCCUCGACCGACAACCACACCGACGACUUUAUCGACACUUCGGACGUCAAAAAGUGUCAGCACACAGGCCCCUUCCAGCGACGAACAAACCCAAGGGCUGUACCAACAGUGCGGUGGCAAGGGAUACACUGGCCCAUCGAAGUGCCCGCAAUAUGCAGCUUGUUCCACCAUGGAUGCUUACUAUGCGCAGUGUAGACCAACUCCUGUCUCAGGAGGAGGUCAGCCAUUGUAUGCGCAGUGUGGUGGCAACGGAUACACAGGCGAGACCAGCUGCGUGGCGGGUUCUUCUUGCAAGGUCAUCAACCCUUGGUACUCUCAGUGCCUUCCAUAA